AUGCGAUUUCUUUUUGUUACACUCUGUUUCGAACCGGCAUCGGUAUCGCAGUACACCCGUCCACAGCAGCGACGGCGCCGCGUCGAUGUUUCACGUCAUGUCGCUGAUGCCGUGUGGCGAAAGAACCGAGCGUACGCUGUUCGGUCCGAGCGGAGCAUGUCGGGUGACGCGGCAAGGUGUGUCGGACAGGCGAAACAUCAAGUGACACUAAUGCUCGUGGGCGCCGUGCGCGUCACGCCCGCUGCCCCUCGCUGGUACCGC